AUCCCUCAACAAUCCUAAACGGUGCGUUUUCAAAUGGACAGUGCUAUAAAAAGUGUGUGAAUGUUAGUGAGUGUAGUUUUGACUAAGCGAUGACGAAGUCAACGACUGUGCAAGUCGUCUUGACGAAUUCUUACGAGAACUCGUUGAUUCUGUGGAAUGCUACUACUUCAAACGGUAUCGGAAUCAGUCUAGAAACAACGAGCACCAGUCCCACUACCAGUGAAGACGAUGUUAAUAAACUCAACAAUUGGUGGGCAAUGCUUGCCACUAUCCUUGUACUCGGAACGGCCGCGGGAAACAUUCUGGUCUGCUUGGCGAUUUCCUUGGAACGUCGACUACAAAACGUCACUAAUUAUUUCUUAAUGAGUCUUGCUAUUACGGAUCUCAUGGUUGCCAUUUUGGUGAUGCCGCUGGGAAUCCUUACGCUUGUCAGAGGAUAUUUUCCGUUGUCGCCAGUUUGUUGUCUUGCCUGGAUUUGUCUCGAUGUGCUCUUCUGCACCGCAAGUAUAAUGCACUUGUGCACCAUCAGCGUGGACCGUUACCUAAGUCUGCGCUAUCCGAUGAAGUUCGGACGCAAUAAGACCAAGAAACGAGUGACUUUGAAGAUCAGCUUUGUAUGGUUCCUCAGCAUCGCAAUCAGCCUGCCCUUGAGCCUAAUGUAUUCGAAGGACGAUUCGGUGCUGGUAGACGGAGCCUGCCAGAUUCCUGAUCCUCUCUAUAAGUUAAUUGGAAGUAUAAUUUGCUUUUAUAUCCCGCUGGGCGUGAUGCUGCUGACAUAUGCGUGGACAGUAAGACUCCUUGCGAAACAACAGCAAAACAUCGGUGGGACAGGACCAGGACUUGAGCGACGAGGUACCUGGAGGAAGUUUCUCUUGAACAAGAGCUCUGGCGGCAGCGGCGGCACGCCACAACACACCUCCGGAACGUCAACCGACACCGAGCUAACCACACUCGACACCCACGAUCUUUGGCUGCCGGAGAGCGAGCCUCCACCCUCGGCCAUGUCUGCUCUUCAUGCCUUCGGCGCGGAGAUGCUCAAACUGUCGAAGGGUCUUGAGGGGAUGGCCAGCAGCCCCGGAAGUCAAACGAGAUCAACACCUCCGCAUCAACAGCAGCAGCUAUUACAGCUGCAGCACGCUUCGUCGCCUCGUAGAUGCAGCUUCCGUAACGGGAGCACGGAAAGUACGGAAAGUAGUAUGUCUUGCUCGAGAGCAAGCUUGUCGACACAGGAGGACUUUACGAGUCCUUGGAAGCACCGUAGAAGAGCAUCGACUUACAACGAAGCGCACAUGGAGAGGACAAUUCAAAUUCUGGACUCGCCGAAGACUCCUAGAAAGAGAUCCUUCAGCUUCCACGAGCAAUUUUGUCGCAAGAGCGAGGACGAAUCAGUGACGUGCAGAAAAUGUCACGAAAAAGGACCAGAAGAACCAACAACAUCGCACAAUCUAUCCUGCACCUGUCGUUUUGGAGAGUCCGUGAAAAAACCGCCACCUUUAAACGAAAUCGUUGUUGUCUCCGGCGAUGUUGCGAAGCAUAUAAACAAUAAGAAUCUCGAAAUAGCUUUUUCGAGCGAAACCACGAGAUCAAUCAACAACAGGAGUCUGGAAACGGGCCUAUUACGUAGAAACAACAGUGUCAGGUCCGUCGAGAAUGGUAAAGGCUACGAACAGCUGACUAUCGCGAAUUCGGUGGUUACGUGGCGAGGCGGAAGACGAGGCUCUAGUCUAGCGGGCACCAGGACUUUGCUGUCCGCGAGCGCAGCGAGAUCGGCGCCAUUACGACGCGCGGCAACGACACGAGCGCGAAACGGCACAGCGAGUGCAAAUUUGAUACUGAAGCAAAGCAAUACAUCGUCGCCAAAUUUGCUCAAAUACACGAGUGGUCAGGUGCGCAGUCAUCACUCACGCAACAGUAGCGUCAUUUCGCGCAACAGCUAUCGACACGGCAGAAUUAUCCGGCUGGAACAGAAAGCGACGAAAGUGCUGGGCGUGGUGUUUUUUACUUUCGUGAUCCUGUGGGCACCAUUUUUCGUUCUUAAUCUUGUGCCGGCCAUAUGUCCCGAGUGCGAGCGCAAGAUCAAUCGCAAAAUCUUUGACCUAGUCACGUGGCUCGGCUACGCGAGCUCAAUGGUCAAUCCGAUAUUCUACACCAUCUUUAACAAGGUUUUCCGUCAAACUUUUAAAAAAGUGCUGCUGUGUAGGUAUCGCAAUCAAGAAUGGCGGCCGCCCAGAUAAGUCUCGAACUUCAAAAACAGAUCGAGAAUCACAUUGUAUAAAAUCAAUAUAGUUAGGACUACACAAAGAGACUACAUACACUCAAUAUCACGAACGAAACUGAAAUGAAAAAUGGUGCUAUUCUUAUUCGCACGAAGUCUCGUUUUGAAACGCUUUAUGACAGAAAUCUGUAUGGAUCACGUAUCGCAGCCCGAAUGUCCGUUGUUGAUUGUUGAAAACUUAGGAGUUCUCUAUCGAAUCUUCCUACUUUAGAGA